AGUGCUCACGCUGCUGAGCACUACUGCAGCAUCAUGCAAAACUCCUACAUGGGUCGAGUGCCAAGUACCCGGCAUGCAGGUCUCUUUUGUGUGUACGGACCACCGGGCUGUAAGCCGUAGUACUGAGGACCGGCUGAAUCGGCAGAAUGCCGGUAGCCCCAGCCUGGGCACCAAGAAUAAGUUUCGCACUGUGGCAAUGGUGGCACGCAGCCUGGGGCAGCUCUCUGUGCAGAACCUGCCUUCAUCCAGUGAGCAUUGCAUCCGGAAUGGCAUGAAGUAUAGAAACCUUGGAAAGUCUGGUUUACGGGUGUCAUGUCUAGGGCUAGGCACGUGGGUGACUUUUGGAGGUCAAAUCACAGAUGAGGUAGCAGAGCAGUUAAUGACGCUGGCAUAUGAAAAUGGGAUCAACCUGUUUGACACAGCUGAGGUGUAUGCUGCGGGCAAGGCUGAAGUGGUUCUUGGCAGUAUAAUAAAGAAAAAAGGAUGGAGACGCUCCAGUUUGGUUAUUACCACCAAGAUCUACUGGGGUGGAAAAGCAGAAACAGAAAGAGGAUUGUCAAGAAAGCACAUAAUAGAGGGUCUGAAAGCAUCUUUGGAGAGAAUGCAGUUAGAAUAUGUUGAUGUAGUAUUUGCUAAUAGACCAGACCCCAACACACCGAUGGAAGAGACCGUGCGAGCCAUGACCCAUGUGAUUAACCAAGGAAUGGCCAUGUACUGGGGCACGUCUCGCUGGAGCUCAAUGGAGAUUAUGGAAGCAUACUCAGUGGCACGCCAGUUUAACCUUAUCCCCCCGAUCUGUGAGCAGGCUGAGUACCACAUGUUCCAGAGGGAGAAAGUAGAGGUUCAGCUACCUGAGCUGUUCCACAAGAUAGGUGUGGGUGCCAUGACAUGGUCCCCUCUGGCUUGUGGCAUAAUCUCAGGGAAGUAUGAUAGUGGUGUGCCUCCUUCCUCACGUGCCUCUCUGAAGGGCUACCAGUGGUUGAAGGACAAGAUCCUGAGUGAGGAAGGCCGGCGUCAGCAGGCGAAGCUGAAAGAGCUGCAGGCCAUCGCAGAGCGGCUCGGUUGCACACUGCCCCAGCUAGCCAUCGCAUGGUGUUUAAGGAACGAGGGAGUCAGCUCUGUGCUGCUAGGUGCAUCCAGCACUGACCAACUCAUUGAGAACAUAGGAGCCAUCCAGGUUCUAUCCAAGUUGUCAUCCUCAAUCAUCCAUGAGGUGGACAGUAUUCUAGGAAACAAGCCAUACAGUAAAAAGGACUACAGGUCCUAAAGGAAGGCUUUCUCUGCUUGCUGUCCUUUUGCUCCUACUGUAUAUCUGCUUGAGCUUUAACUGAAUGAGACUGGCUCACGGGUCUGCACCUGGCACAGUCGCAGUUUGUGCUGGAGAUACCAACUUACACUCAGCAGAGUCUAAUAAAUCAACUAGGAAGAAUUAAAUAUCUUUAGAAUGGCAAAGGAGGAACAAUCGUGGCCCAAAUCAGCUGGACCCGCUCUAUAAGCAGAACGCUCCUCUCCCCACAUAGACGCCUCUGAUACGUGCACGUCCUUUAACUCACUUGCUUUUUCCCUUUUAGGAAUCUUCUUGUAAACACACAGGAUUCCAGAGAAAGUCUGUAUGUACUGUAUGCUACAAAUGCAUGCGAUUCACAGGCCUAGACACAUGCUUUUUGUCCUUUCUCUUAGAAAUAUAACCACUUAAAAAUGCUUUUGGAAAAUAGCUAGCAUAUAAUUUCCAAGAGCCUUGGUUAUGCAUUUCAGCCACUGACAAAUUCGUAAAAGAAUCACACCUUCAUUUGUGAAGGUCAUUGAUCAUUGUCUCUGAAUGGAGGUGGAGGUUGAAUUCUAUUCUUUUGGAUAGACGAAGGCUUAAACAUAGCAUCUGUAGUGACGCCACAACCUUUUCACAUGCAUCACAUCCGAAACAUCCGAUAUUGCGAGUAGAACAGUUUUUGAAUUUGUCAAUCUGAAUUAAAUAUUUAAGCAUUUAACUAACUUUUUUUUUUUCAUCUUAACAAGUCGCUUGUCUACAUGGUGGAAGCAGGAAAAAGAUUGAACAGUGACUGUGUUCUGUGUAUGAAUCAAGUAAACAUCUUAAACAUUAAUACAUGCACAUUUCUCAGAGUUCACUAAAGGAACACCAAAGAAUUUGUAUUAUGUAUGUAUUAUUUUACUCUAAUUCUUACAUUAACAUAAACACAAAUGCAGCCGAACAGUGAUGCUUAUUUAACUGGCUCAUAUCAUAUAAAAAUACUAUAAAUAUUAGCUAUAAUAUAUAGUAUAAUAUUAAGUAUAAUUAAUCUUAUAUCCAUCCAUUGUUUAAUUUGCCUUAAUGCUCAAAUUUUUGUAAUUUUCUGUUUUUAUUUCUGUUUUUUUUUUCUCAUUAAAAUGAUCCUGUUAUCUAUAAAUACGUAUAUAUACCAACUGUACAUUUAUAACAAAGCUUUCUACCGAGUUUAUGGAAUGGACUUUUUGGGACUGGUGUUGUUUCUGCUUGUCUCUUCAUGUUGAAAGGUAAGAUAGGAUCGUAUCAAAAAUUGUUUUAAACAGAUUCUAGUGGAUUUUCACUCCAACUAAUGUUUACAUAUUGGAGUUGCCUUUCUUUCUAGCUGAGCAGGAUGUAAUAUGCUAUAUUUCUUGUGUUAUUAGUUGGGCCAGUGGCUCCCUCUGCUGAGCAGUGAUGCUCUUUAUCAAAGCCAUAAACCUACAGCACCACCAAAAACCCUUAACACAGAGAAAACAGGCCCAUGUAUGUGUAGAGUCUGAAUUAAGUCCCAUACAAUGACAUCUACUGAUUUAUUAUCACUGUAUCAUCCUAAAAUGGCACUUCAUUAAACCUAUAUUAAACUGUUUGCAUUGAAAGCACUUAUGCACAUUUAGUUUAAAACUACAAAGUGAAUUAGAGCUCAUUAGAGCCUCACUUUAAAGGAUCAAGUUUUAUUUACUAUUUGACUGCUAAUAGAAAACAGUAAAAAAAAUUACCUGACUAAAAGCUAUUAUUUUUUUCCCUCUUUCUAAGUAAAUUAAUUCAACCUUAAUGCAUUUUAAUAUUCCAAACGUUUAGCGAGUAAGCUUGUUUAAGCUUUUUAAGAUUGCUGUAGGUAAAGUGAAUAACUGAACAACAUUGAUUUUGCAGUUGCCUCUGUCUGUUCUACUGUACAUGCUGAUAAUGGCUACUGUAAAAUGUUAAUGUCAAUAUCAACAUCAUAUGUGCUAAAGGCCUUAGAGUAAUCUGCAUCGUGUUGUUAUACGUCCAGUCUGGACAUCAUUAAUACUGUGGCAUUAAAGCUUUUAACACCAUUAUGGUCUGAAAAAGAGAUUUUAUAAUAAAUUUGCAUUGUCAUUAAUAUCUGAUUAUUAGGGGUUAGAGCCGUGUGUUGCAGACGAUUGAUGACUGUUUAAGCUUUUGAUGCAUGUCAUUAAAAUCUAAAACAGCUUAUUUUUUUAUGAUUUUUUUUUUUUUAUCCCAGCUUAAGUGCCAUUGACAUUACAUGCACAAAGUUGUCACUUUGUUUUUUUUUUUGUUUCAUUUUGGUUAAAUGAUAAGAUGAUUUGAUUCCUCAGUUUGACCUCAAUGUACUGUAUUGUUUUAACAUAUGAUUUAUUAUACUUUGUGCUUGACAGAAAAUAUG